UUGACAUGGAACGUGUUCACAUACACGUACGUAUACGUGUCAUAACACCAUUAUCGUUCUGGUUCAUACCGGCUUGCCAUUUUGGACUUGAAAAUUUUCGAUUAGAAAAAAACAUAUAAAAAGACCAACCGAAAGGUCGACAAUGCAGCCACAACGAAACGAAGUUUUAUUCGCUUACUAUGCAUAGUUAGAUUUGAUGAAUUCCUUUCAUUUAGUUUAGUUUUAUUUUUUUUCUGGAAGAAUUCGAAUAAAUAUUUCUACUGUUUCAUCAUCAUAAUAAUAGCAUCAUCAUGAAAGGAAUAAUCAAAUCGAACAAGAUGACCAUUGCCGUAUCAUCAUUGUUGUUAUUUUUGUUGUUGAUACCUUCGUCAACAUUGGCAUUCAAUUUACCAUUUGAUUUAGCUAUGCCUGAUCUGCAUAAGUUAUAUAAACCAUUAAUCGAUUAUAAUACACAUGGUGCAUUUAAAUUUUUACGCUGUAUGGGUCCAAAUUUUGCACAUCAAUGUUCGAAACCAAUAUUGAAUUGUUUACAUCACAAUGAACCAAUCAAUUGUAUUGAACAUUUAGAAUGUUGUCAGAAUAAUAAGGCAACCAUCACUUGUAUACAUUAUCUAAAAUCAUCGACAAUAUAUGAUAAAUUAUUUCAUGUUCCAAUUGUUAAUGAUCAAUGA